AUGGCAGUGGAAAAGCUCGCAAAAGUUACUUCAGACAGAUUUGAGCGAGUAGAAGGAAGGUUGGACCAACUCACUACAAUGUACAGGAAUAUAGAGGUCCAAAUUGGUCAAAUUGCUAGUUCGUUGAAUAAUCGAAGUCAAGGCGAAUUACCUAGCAAAACAGAGGUCAAUCCUAAGGAGCAUGUGAAAGCCAUUACUCUUCGUAAUGGUAAGCAAUUAGAAGAUCCUCCAGUGAUGGAAGUUGAGAAAGAUGAGAAUGAAAAACAAGAAGAAAAGCAGAGGAACCAAGAGGCGAUAGUGGAAGAAAAUAGCCGGGAGGAAUCAAGAGAAAAUCAACCAUCAUCUUCCGCUACCAUUCCAAUACCUCCUGCGGUUCCAUUUCCACAAAGAUUAAAGCAAAAUAAUCUUGGCCAAGGAAAAGGGUUUUCACAACCUUCAGAAAUUGAACCUCCAAGGUUAGAGCUUAAGCCACUUCCAACUCAUCUAAGGUAUGAAUUUCUUGGAGAAAAUAGUACUUUACCUGUAAUUGUUAGUGCUGAUCUUGAUGAUGAGCAGUGUACAAAAUUGCUAAGAGUUCUAAGGAAGCGUAAGAAGGCAAUUGGAUGGACAAUUUCAGACAUUAAAGGUAUAAGUCCUUCUAUAUGCAUGCAUCGCAUUUUAUUGGAGGACAAUUGCAAACCAGUGGUGGAAACACAAAGAAGACUCAAUCCAAACAUGAAAGAGGUGGUAAGAAAUGAAAUUCUUAAGUGGCUUGAUGCAGGUAUAGUCUUUCCUAUCUCCGAUAGUGUUUGGAUUAGUCCAAUUCAUGUGGUACCAAAGAAAGGUGGAAUAACUACAAUCGUGGGUAAAAAUGAUGAAUUGAUUCCAUCUAGACUUGUGGUAGGGUGGAGAGUGUGUAUUGAUUAUCGUAAGUUAAAUACGGUAACAAGAAAAGAUCAUUUUCCCCUACCAUUUCUUGAUCAAUUAUUGGAGCGAAUAGCAGGAUAUGAAUUUUACUGUUUUCUUGAUGGUUUUUCAGGAUAUAAUCAAAUAGCUAUAGCUCCAGAGGAUCAAGAGAAGACCACAUUUACAUGUCCUUAUGGCACUUUUGCUUUUAGAAGAAUGCCAUUUGGUUUAUGUAAUGCUCCUGCAACUUUUCAACGAUGCAUGAUGGCUAUUUUUUCUGAUUAUAUUGAGAAAAUUAUGGAGAUAUUUAUGGAUGAUUUUUCUGUGUAUGGUUCAUCUUUUGACCAUUGUCUUCAUAAUUUGGAAAAGGGAAUUGAGGUGGAUAAAGCCAAAAUAGAAGUUAUCGAAAAAUUGCCACCCCCAAGCAAUGUCAAGGGGAUAAGGAGUUUUUUAGGACAUGCUGGCUUUUAUAGACGUUUUAUUAAAGAUUUUUCUAAAAUAGUAAAGCCAUUAUGUGAUUUAUUAUGUAAAGAUACUCCUUUUCAAUUUAAUGACAAUUGUUUGGUUGCAUUUGAAAGGUUGAAAAAGGAAUUGAUUUCGGCCCCAAUUAUAACUUCACCCGAUUGGUCACUACCAUUUGAAUUGAUGUGUGAUGCAAGUGAUUAUGCGGUUGGAGCAGUUUUGGGACAAAAGAAAGAAGGACGAUUGCACGUCAUUUACUAUGCUAGCAAGUUGCUAAAUGAGGCACAACUCAAUUAUGCAACGACAGAAAAAGAGCUAUUGGCAGUGAUAUUUGCUUUGGACAAAUUUAGAUCCUAUUUAGUAGGAUCUAAAGUUAUUAUAUAUACUGACCAUUCAGCUCUUAAAUAUUUGCUGCAUAAGAAGGAUGCAAAACCUAGACUAAUUCGGUGGAUUCUUUUAUUGCAGGAAUUUGAUGUGGAGAUAAAAGACAAAAAGGGAUCGGAGAAUCUAGUUGCAGAUCAUUUAUCACGUUUGGAAUAUAUCCCAAUCAAAGAUCAGGUUCCAAUUCAAGAGAAUUUUCCGGAUGAGUUUGUCCUAGCACUUAGAAAUUCUCCAUGGUAUGCAGAUUUGGCUAACUACUUGGUCAGUGGAGAGAUUCAAAAGGGGUUUAAUUAUCAUCAAAAGAAGAAAUUCUUACAUGACGCCAAAAGUUACUUUUGGGAGGAACCAUUGCUAUACAGACAUUGUGCCGAUGGUAUGAUACGUAGAUGUAUUCCUGAAGAUGAGGUUUGUGAUGCAUGCCAAAGAACUGGAAAUAUAUCUCGAAAAAAUGAAAUGCCCCUGACUACGUUCUUGGAAGUUGAGUUAUUUGAUGUAUGGGGUAUUGAUUUUAUGGGACCAUUUCCUAGUUCUUUUAAUAAUAAGUACAUCUUAGUAGCAGUGGAUUAUGUUUCUAAAUGGGUUGAAGCAAUCGCUUCACCUACUAAUGACUCUAAGAUUGUACUUAGAUUCCUUAAAAAGAAUAUUUUCAGUAGAUUUGGUAUACCCAAGGCCAUAGUAAGUGAUGAAGGGAAACAUUUUUGUAACAGACAAUUGGAUUCCUUAUUGUUUAAAUAUGGUUGUAGGCACAAGACAUCACUUCCAUAUCAUCCUCAAGCCAAUGGACAAGCAGAGCUAGCUAAUAGAGAGAUAAAGCUCAUUUUGGAGAAAACUGUGAAUAAAUCACGCAAGAAUUGGGCUACAAAGCUAGAUGAUACACUAUGGGCUUACCGAACGGCAUUUAAGACACCCCUAGGGAUGUCACCGUAUCGUUUAGUCUAUGAGAAAGCUUGUCACCUACCUGUGGAGAUUGAGCACAAAGCUUAUUGGGCAAUUAAAUCUAUUAACAUGGAUUGUGCUAUGGCUCGUACAAGGAGGGCUCGUAUUCGUACUCCUACACCAUCGUCAAGUGAAGAACAUACACCUUCUGUGCAUGAGGAGUCGCCUGAGGAAGAAUCUCCUUCGCCUGAGUCACCACCUCGAUCUCGCCGGAAGACUGCAUCCACUGGCCGUGAUGAGCCACCGCCAGAUUACGAUACCACACGAUUCACAUCGCUCGAAAACCAAGAGUGGUAUGAAGCCGGCCUAGCCAAGGAGAUCAUCAUUGAGAAACACUUGGCUCCAGAGGUGGAUGCGCACUACCAUAUUUCGACAGCAUUCAAGCGACUUGGAUGGGAGAACAUCCUUCAAUUGCCCAAGUACUACUACCCCAACUUGGUCCGGGAGUUCUACGCCAAUGUGGAGAACAAGCAGAGCCACAGUGGCAACCUCAUCGUCUCGUGGGUUCGAGGCAGGAAAGUGGUUCUCAAUCGAGAGGCACUGCGAUGUUUCGUUCAACUCAUAGACGAAGGCGAAGAUGUCAAACUGACUAAGGAAUUCAAGGCUCGAGACCCUUGGCAAGUGGGAGAAGCCGUGGAGCGUCUAAAGGGUCAGUACCGUGAGCGAGGAACUUCGAAAAAACUCACGGUAUAUGCCGACUCCUUUGAGCAUCGAUACCACCUGAUCUUCUAUCUUUUUGCAUUUAAUGUGGUGCCGAAAAAGAGUGGUAAACGGGAGAUCCGAAAUAGCGAUCUCUAUUUUCUGGAUAAGAUGAUACAUGGAUUGGGUAGGCAGUUGACUGGCAUUCCUCUACCCAGCAUUAUCAUCAGCUAUAUGCGGACCACAGCUCGCAUGAGGGCCGGCGAGACUUGCUUCGGAUUCCCUCGACUGCUAUCCCUCGUGUUUGAGAAGCUCAAGGUUCCUCGUGGAACCGAGAGAGCGGUGGUAACUAGGUCUGUCGAGGAGGUAAAUGCUUCUAUACUCAACGCUUUGGGUAUUUCUACGGAUUUUGGAGCUGCUUUGGUCCGGGACACAGGAGAAGCAUCGACUUCCACUCAGCCUCCGCCUCACACUGAACUACAAGCGGCAACCCAAGAGACGGAGGCACAGCAGACUCUUCCUCCUCCGGUUCCGCGACCACCUCCUCAACCGCGCUCCAAGUGGCAAGAGCUUCUCAAUGCUAUUUGUUGUAUGGAGACGCGAGUCGUCGAGCGCAUUGACCAGACGGAGCGGGUGAUGACUGAGCGCCUCGACCGACAUGAUUGCCGCCUUCGUGCGAUCGAGGAUCAUUUCCAUAUCCGACGGUCCUCUACUCCGACACCUCAUCAGGAUGAGGGCCAUAUUGGUACCUCACAGGGUCCUCAUGGAGCCGAGGAGGCAGUAGACCCUCGUUCCGAGCAGCCAUGA